AUGCCCGACAUGAUCAAUUCCUCCCCCAGUAACCCCUCGUCGCCCUCCUCCUCCUCCACCUCUUGGGAUCACAACCACAACCCCAACCCCAACCUCAACCCCAAAUAUAACGUUCACAGUGUCGACGAAAACGAUGUCGUCCCCCAACUACCGCCUUUCUACUCGCCGCGGCCAAUUCCCGUGUCGCGCGCCAUCUCCGAACUCGACCUCAAUUCCCUCUCCCUCAACCACCCCUCGCUCGCCGUCCAGGUCCAGGACCAAUCCGCCACACCUCGGCACCACGAAUCCGAUGCCGAAACGGAUAUCGAAAUCACCGGCGAGCUGCCCGACCUCGUCUCCCCAGCCUUCACGCCCCCGUCAACGCCGGGAAUGGGCACCCAAACCCCCGCCCGCUCGCAGGCCCAGCACCUCCCCAAAUCCGUGCCCGUUGACUCCAGCGCGGCAGAUGGCGGCUGUGGCCAGAAGAAGCCCAAACUGCUCAAGACGCUCCCGACGGUCCACUGCGUGGUGCGCGCCCGGAUCCCGACCACCAUCGGCGGAUCUGGGACCGAGAUGUUCCUGCACCUGUACCAGAACAGCGAGGAUAGCAAGGAGCACCUGGCCAUCGUGUUUGGGAACACGAUCCGAAGCCGCAGCUUGGACCGGGUGAGGGAAGGCGAGACGGAGAUGGAUCGUCUGAUCCGGGGGGCGUACACGGGGCGCUUGUACCCGGGCCGGACGACGAGCAGCAUGGCCGAGGCGGUGGCGGGUGAGGACGCGCAGGUUGCGCGGACGGAGGAGCCGCCGCUGGUGCGGAUACACAGCGAGUGCUACACGGGCGAGACGGUAUGGUCGGCGCGCUGCGAUUGUGGGGAGCAGUUGGACGAGGCGGCGAGACUGAUGUCGCUGCCCGGGUCUGGGGGAGGAGUCAUUGUGUACCUGAGGCAGGAGGGGCGGGGGAUCGGGUUGGGGGAGAAGCUGAAGGCGUAUAAUCUGCAAGAUCUGGGAAGUGAUACUGUGGAGGCCAAUCUGCUGCUGAGGCAUCCGGCGGAUGCCAGGAGUUACGGGCUGGCGACGGCGAUGCUGGUCGAUCUCGGGGUGAAGAACGUGCGGCUGUUGACAAAUAAUCCCGAUAAGGUCAGGGCCGUCGAGGGGCCGGGGAGGGAGGUUGUGGUGAAGGAGCGGGUGGCUAUGAUCCCGCUUGCAUGGAGGGGAGCACACGGGGGGAUCAGGAGUCAGGAGGUGGGGGGGUAUCUGAAGACCAAGAUUGAGAAGAUGGGCCACAUGUUGCAAAUGGGCGAGGCAUCUUGA